AAUUUUUUUUAUUAGACUUAUGGUCUGUCUGGCUAACCAGUUACGCAAUCAGUUAAAUUUAUAUAGAUGUUAGAAAUGACUGAUCGGAUUAUCAACCUUUACAUUUUUGACACAGUCUAGUUUUUUCUAACAUGAUGUCUUAGGUUCAACAACUAUUCAAAUAAGCUUUUAUAAAGCACUAUGACAUCAUCCAGGUUGUUAGCCAAAUGAAAUUAUUAAUGUGUCAUGAUCAGUCCAUUGUCUGGCUAAGAUUGUGUACCCUUAUCUUACCAUUUUCAUUCUCUUCAGGUCAACAUUGGUCAAUCACUUUUGAAGGUUGGAUGUAUAUUUUCAUACUCCUUUUCGCAUCAGUCUAAGUGGCCUGAAAUAUUAAAAGUGAGAUUUACGGGGGAGAGGUGGUUAAAAUCUGAAUAAACCAGAUAAAAUCAGAAUUCCCAACAAAUUUAUAAACCAAUCAGAAGCUGAGUUGAAAGAACAAAAAUUUAAUUUAUUAAUUUCAUGGGCUAAGUCAUGGCUCUAAAUGUCAGUACCAUGUUUUGAAUCACAUCAUUAAGAAGAGAGGACCAUUCCAAAUUACUACGUCCUUAUUUUUCUGGUUUUCAAAAUAUUAUAUCACAACAGCGACUUCUGGUUCAGCUUAAUAAAUGGAUCAAUUUAACGGUCGAUCACAUCGAUUUUACUCGCCCGGUGUCAAUGAGAUGGAUGAAGAAAAUUUAUAUCCACCGUUAAGUGGAGGAUUAUACAAUCAUAAUCGAUUAAAUCGAAUGACAUUUUUCUCAACAACUUCAUCAAAUUCAUCUCUGGCCUCAGGAUUAUCAGAUACAAAUUUUAUUAAUUUAGAACAGACAGCGGCUACUGGUAAUAGUAGUAGUAGUAGUACAACUAAUCGUUUUGGAUUUUCUGACGGAUUAAUGAAUCAUGAACAUACUGAUAAUGAUAGACAGCAUUUGAAUGUGGUCCGGACUAACAGUUCUCAUAAUUCUUCAAGAUUUAUGUAUAAUCCAUUAAAUGUUUACGAUGCUGGCGAGAAUAUACCACCAGUUGCAAAUUCUGAACAUUACAGACAAACGUAUAGUCCUAAUUUUAUACAAAAUACCAGUGAUUCUAUUAGUAAUGAUUCUGGAGUAUCUCCAUACUGUUCAAUUGUAUCAUUCCAAAAUAAUAUGAAUGGACAAAAUUUCUGUAUUGACUGUCGUUACAACCAUAUAAUGAUAAGUGGACAAGUGUGUUCAUGUAACUGUCAUAAUGAGUCAAAAGAAGUUACAACGACAUCAAUACUAAAUUUCAGUGCCAAUAUGAGGAGUGCUCAUUUUCUAAAUCGACCCUUAUCGUCUGAUAAUUAUCCGACACCAACUAAAUAUUCGUGGAAUAGCACCUCAUCAUUAUCAGAAUCAAUGACACAUCCAGUUCUCCCUCCACUUACAAACGCAUUGACUGAACAGUGUAAUCAUAAUCCCGUUAAUAAUCAUAAUACAUUCCGCUAUUUUGGUGUAUCUUCUCCAAUUACAACUGAUAAUUCCCCAAGUGGAUACGAUUCAUCGAAUGAUUCACCAUCUCCAUCAGCACUAGAGUUAACCGGUGAUGUAAGAACAGUAAAUUUUGUUUCUCACGAUCAACCUCCAUUAAGAACAUGAUGACGAUGAUGCAUUUUUCAUUCUUUAUUUUAAAAUAGACUAGUUUUCUUUCCUACAAAUGUUAUGCGUACAGAGAAAUCAUAGAAUAAAACAUGAGAAAUUAAUGAACAUUUAAAAUCCCAAAAAGCAGAGUUCAGACGGUAGUUAUGUCGAAUGAAUAAGUGAAUAAAAACUUUACAAAAUUCGGCGACUAAUUAAUUACAUUAAGUAACACAGUGUUACUUCUGCUCCAAAUCCUUAUUUAUGUAUUCUUUACCUUUGUACUUAUUUUGAUAUUGCUCUUUUGGUAAAAUCAUUUAGUACUUCUAUGCAAAAAUAUUAGAAAUAUUGUUUUUCAAUCCCGGUCUCAAUGCACUAGGUAUUUUGUCUUGUUUUGUUUUUUAAAAUGGAAAUUAUUGUUUUACUCAUUGACCCAAUUUUGGUCUUUGUAUUUUUUUUUAAAAAAGAAAAAAGAAUGAAAUUUAUUAUACAAUUAAAAUAUCUACAUAUUCUCAACUCCCUUCGCUAAAAAGCAAACUCUAUACUCGAUCUCAUUUACAAAUGAUCUCCGGUUACAACUGUAAUGAACUUUGUUUAUUUUUUAGGAUAUGAAAAAUUGAAAUCAAAUUGUCAAAUGUGUAUCAAUAAUGAAUUAUUUUUCAGAUGGAAAUGCCCUUGAAACUUUUGUUUUCUAUAUGGGUUUGGGGUUGUAAGCAGCGAGACUAUC